AUGAUUAUGAUGGACACACUGACAGUUUCAUCGUAUGGCAAUAUUUCUAAUGUUACAUUGAACAUCAAUACAGCAACAGCAACGUCAACAAUUCCUCUAUGGAUUCGAAUAUUAACAUUAACAUGUAUGACUUUAAUAGACAUAAGUGCAUUUCUCGGUAAUUUACUCGUUAUAUGUGCUUUCUUGCGUACACGUCGUCUACAAACAGUCACUAAUUAUUUUAUAGCAUCACUAGCGUUUGCUGAUGCAUUAGUUGCAAUAGUUGUCCUUCCAUUAAGUAUUUAUUAUUAUCAGCGAGAUCGCUCAUGGAAGCUCGGUAUAGUUUUAUGUGAUUUGUGGGUGUCAUCAGAUGUUCUUUUAUGUACAUCAAGUAUACUAAAUUUAACUUGUAUAUCAGUGGAUCGAUACAUGGCUAUAACAAAACCAUUAACAUAUACAGCAUAUAGGUCGAAAUUCCUUGCUCGUGUUAUGAUCUUAUUAGUAUGGAUUGUUUCAGUUGUUAUAACGUGUCCACCUAUAUUUGGUUGGCGAGAUAAAAAUAGAAGACAAACGGUCGAGCAACAAUUUAAAUGCGAUUUAAAUACUGCACGAGGUUACGUUGUUUAUUCAGCACUGGGAUCAUUUUAUAUUCCAGGUGUUAUCAUGAUAUUUGUUUAUAUACGUAUAUUUAUGGUUGUUUAUGACCGAGAAAGUUUAAUAAAGAAUUUUCGUGAUACUAAUCAAUCAUCAACUUUAUCAAUUAAAUCAAAUCCUACUAGUUUUAUCAAUCAAACACAAGUAUCAAAUAAUAAAAAACAACAUGGAAAUUUUUCAUCAUGGUGCUGUUUCUGUUGUCGAAACAAAUGUGAUGACAAUUCAUCUGCAAGAACAUCAAUACCUCAUUAUUCGUAUAAUCAUUGUCCAAGUAUUGAACAAAAGCAAAAUGGUUAUGUUGUCUAUCGUUUUACUACUACCAAUAAUAAUAACAACAACAACAACAACAACAACAACAAUAAUAAUAAUAAUAAUAACAAUAAUAAUAACAAUAAUAAUAAUAAUAAUAAUAAUAAUAAUAAUCCUACGAAUUCAAAUAUGACUGGGAAUUCACCUUUACACACACAACGAUCAAGUUCGAAGGCAUCACUUUUUUCUCGUUCAUGUAAAGCUUCAACGAAAAAAUUGAGCACUAUAUCCGAUGAUAUUUAUCAAUAUCGAUGCAAUCAAUUAACACAUAUGUCAUCCGAAUAUCAAUUUCACAAGGAUGAUUCAUCAUGUAUUGAAUUAAAAACAUUAGACAAUUCUUUUUCACCAUUAACUAAACGUCGAUCACGUUCAUUCGAACAAUCAACAAUAAGUAAAAUACGUGACUUGAAUACAGAACUAAGCCACAGUCGACAACUAAAAGCAGCGGCUGCAGCUGCUGCUGCUGCAAUUUCAAUAACACCACCAACAGAACCCAAAGAAACAAUUCUACAAGAAAAUGGAAGUGAAGGUUUAACAUUAUCGAACAGAGAAAAUGAAGGUGAUAAUUUAUUUCCUUUAAUAAAUAAAAAUCUACAUCAAACAAGUCAAUCAUUAAAUGAAUUAACGCAAUUAUCAAUUAAACACAAUAAACAAUUCUAUAAGAAAAACAAUAGUCAGUAUAUAAUUCCUCUCACACCGCGAGCUCGAGCAACAACAAAUCCUUCACUAAUGCAAAAAGUUCUUGCAAACAAUACAGCAUAUCCAUAUUUGCAUAGACAAAAACAAAGUCUACCUGAACCAACACGUAUAAAUCGUCGAGUAAAAUCUUCACGUGUAAUACACACGUCAGCAUCAACAUUAUCGAUAGAUAAUAUUAAACAGCAACAUCGUAUAACAAGUGCUUCAUCAGCGCCAUCAUCAAGAUCUUUAUCUAUCGUACGUCGUUGUUUGAGUCGAAAUGAGAGUUUAAAUGAAAUGAAUUCCAAUCAAAAAUCUUCUUGGUGUUGUUCUUGUUGGUUUUCUUCACUGUCAACUAGUAAUUCGUAUCCGAGUAAAACAAAACCAAUGUUUAAUUCAACACCAAGUCAUUCAUUAACAAAUGAUGAUGAUGAUGAUGAAAAACUUUCAUCAAAUGACACAAAUAAUCGUACACCUUUGUAUACACCAGUACAAUCAACACAUUUAACAUGUAGAAGUGUGCGUAACACUGGGACGCCAAGUGAUGUUCAUCGCCGAGAACGUAUACGUUUUAUGAAAGAACAAAAAACAGCAAAAACAUUAGCUGUUGUUGUAGGUGGUUUUAUUCUUCUUUGGCUACCAUUCUUUAUUAUGUAUGUUAUACCACCAGAAAAACAUGUAUUUAACAAUCAGACAGUAACAUUAAUAACAUGGCUUGGCUAUUUUAAUUCAGUUAUUAAUCCAUUUAUUUAUGCUUAUUGUUCAAAACAAUUUCGUACGGCUUUCUGGAAUAUAACAUUUGGCAUUUUUAUUAAAAAAUCAUCUGCAUUAUUACCAAUAUCGAAAAAAAAUAAACAAUUACAUCAAAAUAAUACAAAUGCCUAA